AAAUCCCUGUAUUGGAGAAAAAUUGGUUAGGAAUGAGCCAGAAUUCAAUCUUGUUACGUAAUGUUCACGUGACAGGCACUUCCGCUCAAGACAUUGAACUCUGCAAAGGUCUGUAUUAUUAAUUUUCUGUUUCCCCGUGAGGCAAUGGCUACUAUUGUACCUGAUGUUAUAGCUAGUAACCAGCCAAACAGCCCAGCUGUUAGUGGAAAGCUGACUCUUGUCUUCGACAUCCACUUUAACAAGAAAUUUUGGUUACAAAAGCAACAAGUUCGCAGUCUCACCCUCUAUAGGAGUCCCGCUAGACUGAGGGAUAUCACUGAGCACCUUGAGCCACAGCUGCUACUGCCUAGUGGCCUUGGAAGAAAUUUACUACUACAGGCUGUGUGUGAGUUAUCUGUGGGAAGGAAACCCAUUAUCGUGCCGCUGGUAUGUGAAGAGAUAUGGAAAAUCAUCUUGCAAAAGUACCCACACUCUCGUCUCAAGAUUUUGAUAAAUGAACAACGGUCGCUAGUGAUUACACACAGAAGAUCUUGUCAUGAAUGGCUCUUCGGCAGGCAAGUCAAGAACAUAGACAUUUCGUCUUACCUUCCAAGUGAUGGACUUAUUCCUGAUGACAUUUUCGAACUGUGUUGCACCAUAUUUGAUAAAAGAACCUCUGUAAAACAGUCAUUGAGAAAGGGUGUGUGGAUGCAUUUAGUUGGCGUGUUUCCCCCGGAACUGAAGGCAAGAGAACAGAGAGAGAGAUAUAUAGAAAAACUGAGAAUGGUCUACGACUCACUCAAAGGAAAAAGGAAAGGAGAAGAGAGUGCCAAAAUGAACCAGCUUGUUGAGGCAGUAUACCGAGAUGCAGUUCGGACUGAUCCAAGUCAUGCUUUCUACAGCAAAGACAUCACAACCACAGAGAGCUUGAGUCCAGACUCAAUAUCCAAUAUCCACAGUCAAUCUAAUGUUCAGAAGCUGGUGAACAUUAUCACAAUCUACAUCCUGGAACACGAGGAAGUAUCCUACACUCAGGGAAUGACCGACUUGCUCAGCCCAUUCCUCUUUGUGAUGAAACGUGAAGCUGAUGCAUACAUUUGCUUUGCAUCUAUGCUUGAAAGAAUCAAAGGUCACUUCAAUACUUGGUGUGAAGGCACUCUCCUUAAGAUUGAACGCCUUAGACAUAUUUGUGAGGUGUUAGAUCCUGAGCUCUUCCAUUUUCUGACUGACAGAAUCGAAGAGGACGCCUUUGCAUUAUUCUUUGGAAUGGUCCUUAUAGAAUGCAGGAGGGAAUUUUCUUUUGAUGAUUCUUUUCAACUUUUUGAAGCAAUAUGGGCAAGUGUGAUAUGUAUAAAAGGUAUCCCUCCUCAGCAGUCCAGUUUGUCAACUUCAGAAUCGGCCAAAUUUAUGACUAACCAGUCAAAAGAAGUGAUCCAACAGGUUUUUGGGGAAACUCUAACACCAUACUCUGCCAAGCGUUUGCCCCGAUCCUCUUCUGGUACUAUCACUGUAAAUACAACAUCACUAUCAAAAAAUCCCUCACUCAAUUCUGUGGAAUCCCAAAUUGACCCGAACCAAUCAGUGUUGCCUCAAGUCCCUGCAUCACAUGACACAUCUCCUGCAAACCAAGCAAGUGAGGACUCAAUGAGUAACCCUUCUGUGCACUCUAUUGAAACUUACCAGCAAACUGUUACUGUUGACAUUGAAGAUGAUGUCAAAAAUACACAAGAAUUUAGACCACGAUCACACACAGACCCGAACAUUACACUUAAUAGCGAAGAUGUGAUUGUAAAAACAGAAUCCGGCAAACAAACCAUAGGUGCACACCUUAACCUCUCACCUAGCCAUCUUUCGACACACUCUCGGUCUGAAGGUGAGCUAUACGAUAGCUUCAGUAGUGGAAAAUUCCUUAUUAAUCCUGUAAAGAGAAAAAUACCCACUGAAAUGGCUGACUUAAGCAGUGUAUCUAGCAAUACAAUCAGUGCGAGUGAAAAUUCACACAAAAGUGCAUUAAAAUCUGGAAUUGAAUGUAGUAGAAGUGCCACUAAUAGCCCCAAGACAUCAUCUGAGCGAAGUUUUGUAUUGUCCACUGAGUCAAACAGCCUUUUAUUUAGUGUGUGUCAUACAGCUAGCGAGGAAAAUUCUCCAGGCCAAAAUCAAUGUAGUGCCAGCCAUUCUAAUUCUCCUCACUCUAGAAGAGCAAUUACUACUGAGUCUAUGGCUGACGAAACACAUUUAUCGAUUGACUACCGAGCGUCAAAUACAAGCGAACCCAGCAGAAAUCAAAGCCCAAGUAUAAUAAUUGAUGAUAGUGCCUAUACCAGUGACACUGAGGCACAAAGGUCUCGAAUAACUCCAGUAGCAUUCUUUGAUGUAAUGGGUACCAUAGCCUCUUCUGCCCCCGAAAACGAAUGUGGUGAUGAUCAGAAUAUUGUACCUGACCACAAUCGCUCUAGAGUUAACUCUGACAUGAGUCUGAUGGUGUCGCAAUUUUCAGUAGGUGAACAAGGUAACCCUCGCGUAACAAGAGAGACAUCUCUCUCCAUUCCUGUCUCUGACUGUUUCCCGCUUUUUGUUUGCAUGUCUAUUCUGUCCCAACAUAGAGUUCGAAUUAUGCACCCGUCCACUGAUUUCGUUGGGCUCUCUGUAGUACUGAAUACGCAAGCUGGCAAACAAAAUGUGGAAAAAACUUUGUAUGUAGCUAGGGACCUAUAUCGAAUUUACAAAAGCUAUCAAGUAAACUUUUUUGGAGAGGAUGGACAAUCACUUAACACAUGGCUAGAUGAUGAUCAAAUUAAUAACGAAGGUAAUAGGCAUGUCAGAAGUGCUGUGCAUCAGCUGAAGUAUGACCACAAAAGCAGUGCUGAAUAUCCACAAUAACACACAUAUAUUUUUUUAUCCGAAGUAUAUAAUUUAUUAUAGGUAUAAUUAAUAUUUAUAUAUAUAUAGGAGUUUUAUGUAGGAAGGAGUUUUAUGUAGGAGUUUGUUUUGUGAAAAUUAACUAUCAGUAAUAACAGGAGCACAUAAAAAUGUGCUCCUGGUAAUAAUGAUACAAUGCUUUACUUAUAAUGAUUUAAAUUCCUUUG